AUGGCUGCCAACUUCGAGGAGGUUGCUAAGCAAUUCAUCGAGUUCUACUACAACACUUUCGAUGCCGAUCGCAAGGGCCUUAGCGCCCUCUACAGGGAGCAGUCUAUGCUGACUUUCGAGUCGGCUUCCGUCCUCGGUGUCAACGGGAUUGUCGAAAAGCUCUCGGGACUCCCAUUCCAGCAGGUCAAGCACCAGGUCUCGACCCUCGAUGCCCAGCCCACCCCGAACGGCAUCUUCAUCCUCGUUACUGGCCAGCUCUUGGUCGACGAGGAGCAGCGCCCUAUGAACUACUGCCAAGCCUUCCAACUCGUACAGGACACUGCCACUGGUCAAUACUUUGUCUACAAUGAUGUCUUCAAGCUGGUCUACGGUUAA